GGGAAAAUCAGACAAUCGAAUGGGCUAUGCGUCUCAGGGUUGCAUUCUAUAUCGCGGAAGCUUUGGAAUAUUGUAGCAACGAGGGACGCCCAUUGUAUCAUGAUCUCAACGCAUAUAGAGUCCUUUUUGAUGAGGAUGGUGAUCCACGUCUUUCUUGUUUUGGUCUAAUGAAAAACAGUCGGGAUGGAAAAAGUUAUAGCACAAACCUAGCUUAUACACCACCAGAGUAUUUGAGAAAUGGGAGGGUGACACCAGAAAGUGUGAUAUUUAGCUUUGGUACUGUCCUCUUGGAUCUUCUCAGUGGAAAGCGCAUUCCCCCAACUCAUGCUCUUGACAUGAUAAGAGGGAAAAAUAGUUUGGUAUUGAUGGAUUCACACCUGGAGGGGAAUUUCUCUACAGAAGAGGCAACUACACUAGUUGACCUUGCUUCUCAGUGCUUGCAAUAUGAACCUAGGGAUCGGCCCAACACAAAGAAGCUGGUUGCUACUCUUGCAUCAUUGCAAAUCAAAUUAGAGGAGCCGUCUUAUGUUAUGCUGGGAAUACAAAAGCCUGAGGAAGCACCUGCCACACCACCCCACCCACUUUCCCCUAUGGGAGAAGCUUGCUCCAGAAUGGACCUCACUGCCAUCCAUCAGAUUUUAGUAAUGACACACUACAGAGAUGAUGAAGGAACUAAUGAGUUAUCAUUCCAAGAGUGGACGCAACAGAUGAGGGAUAUACUGGAUGCCAGAAAGAGGGGGGACUUUGCCUUUCGUGAUAAAGAUUUUAAGACGGCUAUUGAGUGUUACUCUCAGUUCUUAGAUGUUGGAACUAUGGUCUCACCUACGAUAUAUGCAAGACGAAGCCUGUGUCAUCUCAUGUGCGAUCAACCUGAUGCUGCACUGAGGGAUGCAAUGCAAGCACAAUGUGUCUAUCCAGAUUGGCCGACAGCAUUCUACAUGCAAGCAGUUGCUCUGGCCAAGCUAGACAUGCAGAGCGACGCCGCCGACAUGCUGCAUGAAGCCACGAUGCUCGAAGAGAAGAGGCAAAAAGGUGGGAAAGGUCCCUAAGAACGACAGUUCCAUCUCUUCCACUGACCUUUUUGUCGACGAGAGUUGUUGCGUCAAUGUAUUAUCCCAAGUUUCGCUCUCUGAUGACAUCGAUCCAUUUGGUGUGCCAUUUCUCUUGUAUCUUUCGGCACAAUGUACAUGCGGAUUCGGCUUAAAGUAGACUGCAAUGUUUGUUUUAGGCAGUUUCUGUUUGUUCUAUCAUGGGAAUUACCUCAAAGAUGUUUCAUUGCAGC